AUGAGCGAUUGCGAGAAUGCGCCGAGUGAGGCGUUGAAAGCGAUUUGUCGACAAAUACACACGUGGGAUCAAGACUCGAGGAAAGUCGUAAACGUCUCGUCUCGUCCACAAAAUGUCGCUUUAUCUCUUCCGGCUCGUCCCUCGAAUUCUUUUGAAUGUUUCGAUAUCAACUGUAUCUGCAUGUUUCUUUUUGGCGAUUUUCAAAAUGGUGUUUGCAAUUUGUUGAAUGGUGGGGUUUAUCGAAAAGCGACGAGAAAAGAAUGGAGAAUGAUGAGCGAUAAUGAAAGGAAUGCAUAUGUGAAAGCAUUUUGGGCGAUUACGAGCAAUGGAAACUACACGGAAUUGUCAACGAUUCAUCACAACAUUCAAAUCUCUCCAGGAGCCCAUUCAGGCCCCGCUUUCCUUCCAUGGCAUCGAGAAUUUAUCAAGAGACUCGAGAUCGCUCUUCGUCGCGUCGAUCCAUCCGUCUCAUUGCCGUAUUGGGAUUCGACUUUGGAAUCAGCGUUAACGAAUCCACAAGAUUCAAUCCUUUUUUCGGAUCAAUUUUUUGGAAACACACAAGGUUUGGUGACAACCGGCCUUUUCGCCAAUUGGAUCGGUUUGGGGAACGCGCCCACCCGACGGGCGAUGGGACAAAGCCAAUCGGUGCCCUUUGUCGAACAAGAUAUUCAGUCAACGAUGAGUAAAAACUCGAUCGAUCAAGUCUUGGCAUUCACUGCGCCGCAAAGGGCUUGUCCAUUUCAAACGACUUUUGAUGUGUUAGAGUAUGGACACGGGAAACCGCACGUUUUUGUUGGCGGCGAUAUGUUUGAGCCGAGAACUUCAACAAAUGAUCCCCUUUUCUGGCUUCAUCACUCUUUCGUCGAUUUCAUCUGGGAAAUGUGGCGACAACAGAAACAGACAAGGGAUCAACGAUCAACGCAAUAUCCAACGGACAAUUCAGCUUGUUCAGCUCAGGCUCACUUCUCAACAACGAUCAUGUCCCCAUUUUCUCCGCUUACAAAUCGGGACGGUUUGGGAAAUCAAUACACGGAUGAUCUCUAUGAGUACGCGCCACGUCCCAGUUGUUCACUGGGAAAUGAUUGUGGAUCACCUUUUCUCUUUUGCGAUCGUUCUCGCGGUCCUUCUAGAUGCGCGUCAAGGAUGAAAAUCGGUGGGAAUUGUGCUGGAUAUGUGAAUGGUGAACAAGCUUGUUAUCGAGGAGCUUGUGUGAAUGGACGAUGUGUGGCUGAGCAACAAACAUCAUCAACAAGAACCACAGUAACGCCGCCAAGACCCACAGUAACGCCGCCAAGAACCACAGUAACGCCGCCAAGAACUCCUUCAACAUCAACUACAACUCCUUCAACAACAAUCUUUAUCGGAACUCUUCCACCAAUCACUUCUCCCCAAACUAGGCCAACGGCUGCACCCAAUCAAGUGCUUGUCGAAGCGGGCAUUGAUGCGUCACAAUUGGGCCAAAUGCUAAACAACAAUCAAAAUGGGAAUCACGGUGGAGUGAGGGUUGAACCGGGAAUUGAUGUUGGAAAUGGGAAUACUGGAAAUCCUUAUCAGCCACAACAACCAAGGAAUCCAUAUCUACAGCCACAGGGAAGGAAA